AACAGCCAUGCACACUAGGGCUCACUGCAGCCUCACCCACUGUCAUCUCUGUGAGCAGGCCCUCUUAUUUGGGGGCGUGUGGGCCAAGAGCAGACGCCUAACCUGUUUAACCUGUCUGACGUCAUCAUCGCUCCACCCACCAGCGUCCCAGGUGCCCUGCGGAGCUGGUUAGAUCUUCCUGUUCUCUGCUUCCGUGCUCUCAGUUCCUACAGAGUAGCCUAAGGUCCCAGAGCUGAGCCUCCGGGGCUCUUCUGGCCUCAACUCGGCCCUCUUGUCCUUUCCCGCGGUGAGUGAGGAGCCAGGUGCAGGUCUCUUAAGAGCUGAGAGUUGAGACCACUUAACCAAUAAACAGACUUGUGACCGCCGCACCUGCAAACGCCUUCACUCUCCAUGCUGAGCAGAGAUGGGAAAUCGAACAGAUGAAGAUUAUAAUUUUGUCUUUAAGGUGGUGCUGAUCGGCGAGUCAGGCGUGGGCAAGACCAAUCUGCUGUCCCGGUUCACCCGUAAUGAGUUCAGCCACGACAGCCGCACUACCAUCGGAGUUGAGUUCUCCACCCGCACCGUCAUGCUGGGCACCUCCGCUGUCAAAGCCCAGAUCUGGGACACUGCUGGCCUGGAGCGAUACAGAGCCAUCACCUCUGCGUAUUAUCGUGGAGCCGUGGGAGCACUUCUGGUAUUUGAUCUGACCAAGCACCAGACCUACGCUGUAGUAGAGCGCUGGCUAAAGGAGCUAUAUGACCAUGCUGAAGCCACGAUUGUUGUCAUGCUUGUGGGGAACAAAAGUGACCUCAUCCAUGCCCGAGAGGUCCCCACUGAGGAGGCCUGCAUGUUUGCUGAAAACAAUGGUCUGCUGUUCCUGGAGACGUCAGCCCUCGACUCCACCAAUGUUGAGCUAGCCUUUGAGACUGUCCUCAAAGAGAUCUUUGCAAAGGUGUCAAACCAGAGGCAGCAAAGGGCCAGGACCGGUGCCAUCGCCCUGGACGAUGCCCAAGCUGGACAGAAUCCUGGCCCUGGGGAGCGUGGGACCUGUUGCAUCAACCUCUGACCUCAGCUACGGCCAACCCCCAUGUCCUGCCUUCAGCCACCUUCAGGUGCUCUGCCACCCUUACUGCAGGACUUCUCCUUACCCAAGUCCCCGGUUACAAGCACCCAGGGCCCUACCACAUGAUCUGUCCACCACAUCCCUCUCCAUCACCUGGACCCCUUACAGGCGAGGGCCCACAAAUAAAGCUGUUUUGUAUCACGCCUGGCCA